AUGAAGUCGGUAGCCGGCAUCGCCGCGCUGCUCUGCGCCCACAUCUCGGGCGCGGCGGCAGCGGGGGUCCUCGCCCCGCGGGCCGACAUGAUCAACGGCGGCGUGUCGAUCGCUGACACCGACAUCAAGCUGGUGGCGGCGACGUUCCGAGUGCCAAGCAUCCGGGCGCCGCCCAAGACGCCGCCCGGGACGCCGGCCGGCAACACGGACUCGGCGCUGGCCGUCUGGGUCGGCAUCGACGGCCUGCAGCUCGCCUGCGCCGGCGCCGUGUGGCUCAAGGGCGGCAUCAGCCUCAGCUGGAAGGACGGCAAGCUCGAAGAGCGCCCGAGGCCGUGGAUCACCUUCAUGUCGCCGCAGGGCAUGACGGCCGACAACGGGCUAAACCCCCCCGCGGGCGACCUGAACCUUGACGUGGGCGACCUGAUCCGUAUCACGGUCACGUCCAAGGCCGCGGACACGGGCGCCGUCUUCUUCGAGAACUUCAAGGCCGGCGCCAACUACAAGGUCGGCGACAAGCCGCUGCACACGGCCUUCUACGACUUCAAGCAGGGCAUGAACGGCGGGCGCCUGCUCUGCCGCACCGAGGGCAACGUCAUGAUCGAGCAGUCGCCCCUCAACGGCUGGAUAGGGCCCGACAAGCCCAGGCCGCUGGCCGGCUUCGACCCGAUUGUCUUCACCGACAUCACCGUCGACACCGACAGCGGCAACCACCAGCGCCUGGAUACCGCGCACCCCAGAGACAUCAACAUUGGCUCUCAGGGUGGCCUCAUCGCAACGUGCCAGAUCAAUCCGGGGGCUGGCGGUGAUGUCUUGAAGGCGAACUUGACUUGUGCUCGCCAGUAG